AUGGGGCAGCAGAUAUCCAAGGGCAUUGAGCUGGCCAAGUCCAAGGGCGGCUCCCACUUUGCCAUCACCGAGAUCUCCUCCAAGAAGGGCGGAGCGGCCCAGCAGACCGAGGAGGAGCUCAACAAGAUCUUGAUGCACAUACUGAAGGAGCUGCCCAACCUCAAUCGCAUCACGGUGACGUCGUGCAAUCUCACCCUCCUGCCGGACGAGGAGCUGGGCAAGGUCAUCAACCUGGUCACCCUCUCGCUCGAGGAGAACAUGCUGACGCAGCUCAACGAGGGCUUCCGCAAUCUGUUCAACCUCAAGGAGCUCUACCUCUCCAAGAACCACUUCACACGCCUCCCCAAGGAGCUGGGCUACCUCGCCUCGCUCGAGCUCCUCUCCCUCAACCACAACUACCUCGGGGGUGCGGCACCGCCUCGCUCGGCGUCGCCAACGUCGGGCGUGACGAUGAGUCCGUCCAAGGACAAGGGCUCCAACAAGCUGGACACCUGGCGCAAGAGCUGGCGCAACCGAAAGGGCAAGAAAUCGAAAGCUGGAGACGUAAUGGCGACGGACGACUUCUACCGGACGGGCAGCGAACCGGUCAUGUCCUCCUCGCUCGGGAGCGAAGAAAAGGGCAAGGAAAAGGACAAGGACAAGGGCAAGAAGUGGACCCUUCGACGAAGCCCGCGAUACAGCGACGACAUCAAGGACCUGGGCACAAGUAAGUCGCACGAGGGCAUGCUGACCUCGAGCCCGCCCCAGGUCCGCACGCGCAGCGUGCCGGACGGCCCUGGGAAGGGAGGAUCGCCUGAGCUCAUGUCGUCGCCGUCCCUGCCGCCCUUCGCGCCCUCGGCCCCGGCCAAGCUGACGCUGCGCGAGCGGCUGGCGGCCGGCAAGACCGGCUCGCUGUCGACGGCGCCCAUAGACCCCGAGCGCCUGUCGAGCUCCACGAGCGCCUCCCACACGACGGCUUCGUCAGGCGGCGACUCAGCCAGCGCGGCGCGCGUGCAGCGAUCGUUGACCGUCUCCGACCCGAUAUUCCCCGCGGGCAACUACUCGCCGCGCGAGGGGUCCUUCGACACCCUGUCCGACAACGACUCCUUCACGGCGAGCAUGGACGACAUCUCGCUCGACGGCGACGGCAUGGAGUCGGCGCGGGCAUCGGGUCUGUUCCCGUCGAUGGACGAGGACAACAGCUACGUGGGUCCGAUCGAGCUGCCGUCGCUCACGUAUCUCAACUUCUCCGACAACUCGCUGGCGCAGAUCCCGCGCGAGCUCAACCUCGCCAGCUGCACGCGGCUCAAGAAGGUCUUGCUGGGGUCCAACCGCCUGACGUCGCUGCCGCCGACCUUCUUCGGUCUCACCUCGCUCACCAGUCUCGGCCUCGAGGAAAACAACAUCACCGAGCUGCCCGAAGAGCUAGUCAACAAAAUAGGCAACCUCGUGGAGGUGUCGGAGCUGCUCCUGCGCCGCAACCGCAUCUCCAAGCUGCCCGACUCGUGGAACUUCCUGGAGAAUCUCAAGAAUCUCGAUCUCUCGUCGAACCGGCUGACCGAGCUCCCGCCCUCGAUCGGAGGACUCAAGAACCUCCACACGCUCUUCAUUCAGCACAACCAGAUCACCUCCCUCCCCGACGAGUUUGGCAAGCUCAACAACCUCAACAAGCUGCUGAUGAACGACAACAAGCUGGAAUACUUGCCACUGACCUUCGGCGGUCUGACGUCGCUCACGGAGCUGAGCUUGGCCGAGAAUCGGCUGUUGGAGCUGCCGCCCUCGUUCGGCGCGCUCAAGUCCCUGCGCAAGCUGUCGGCCGAAAGCAACUGCCUUCGCGCUUUGCCGGCAGAGUUCCGUCACCUGAGCAAGCUCCAGAUGGCCUCGUUCAAGAGCAACCAGUUCCGAGAGAUCCCCACCUCAUUCCUCUUCCUCAAGCUGCUGCGGAUCGACAUGGCCGACAAUCCGAUCCAGGACGAGAUCGCGAACGAGUGCAUCAGAAAGCACGGAUGCCUCGCCCUCAUUCGCACGGCGCAGAAGAUCCUGACCGACGAGAAGGCUCCUCCCGAGCCUCCGCCGGCCCACGAGUGGAAGCUGGCCUUCGAACUCCUUCUGGACCAAAUGGACAUUCCGAUCGAAAAGAAGCGGAGCAUGCAGGCCCUGCCCGACGACAAGCGCUGGGUUCUGCUCCUCCAGUCCCGCGGCACCGGUCUGCUGGACCUCAACAAGCGCGAUUCGAUGAACAAGGCCUACCGACAGGAGGAAGACCCCAACCACCUCGCCGAAGUGCUCAAGGGCCAGCCCACUGUCGAUGAAAUGACGACGCUCCGGGUGUCGCUCACAUCUAAGCCCGUGGGCUGGAUCGCGCAGUGGAUCGAGGCCGGCGGACUGGUCAACUUCGCCAAGCUCCUCUCUUGCACCUACACUCUAACGGGCGCUGUGGCUGAGCAAUUGCGCGAAAAUCUACUCAGCUGCUACAAGGCCCUGUGGCGGGUGCGGCUGAAGGACAUGCGCGAACGGCUGCGCCAGCAGGACGUGGUCGAGGCCAUCGCGCUUCACAUGUUCUGCGCCAACCUGCGCGUGAAGAAGAUCGCCAUCGAAAUCCUCAUCAGCCUGUGCCAAACGCGCAAUGACCAUCGAUCGGUUCUGUCGGCGUUUACGUCGAUGCAAAAGGCGUUGGGCGACAAGCGAAGAUUCAUGACCCUCUUCCAGAGCCUCACCGAGGAGUCGGCCACGUUCCAAGUGGUCGUCUUGCCACUACGAAUUCGUGCGCUGACGCUGAUCAACGCGCUCAUCAACGGCACCGAGGACCUGGAGGAGCGGUUCGCCCUCCGCAACGAAUUCCUCGCCAUGAACAUGGCCUCCGCGCUCAAGAACCUGCGGGAAGCGGGCCUGGAGGAGCUCACCGUGCAGGUGGACCUCUUUGAGGAGGCCAUGUCCGACGACUACGAGUCCAUGCUCGAUCGCUUCGGCGCCGAAACGCUUCUCAAGAAACUGGACAAGUACAAGCUCGAGCUGGGUCUGGGCCAGAACUACCUCAUGGUGAUGACCUCGUCCCUCUCCCAGACCAGCCUCGAUUUCCUCCCCUUUGACCCCGCCAAGACCACCGUGGCGGACAUAAUCCGUAAGAUCACGGAGAAUCAUCCGGUCAAGAACGCUGCCGAUUGGGGCCUUCACCUUCACUCCACCGGCGCAUGCCUCGAUGAGGCUAAGUCGCUCGCCUUCUACAAGCUCAGGGGUCCGGUGAUCUGCCAAUUCAAGAUGAAGAUGUGGGAGAUCCCCGUGCGGUUCCGACUCAACAGAAACAAGGUCAAGCAAUACACGCUCCAGUUCGAUCCGAACGACACUUGUUCGGACGCCAUCAUCAACCUCAUCCAAAACCUGCCCAAGAUCAAGGCCGGCACCUUCGGCAAGCAGAAGGACAACCGCCAGAUCAAGUUCGCCACCGCCUCGCCCAAGAAGGACCAGACGUCGACCAGCGAUUUGGAGAAUGUGACAGCAGAGUCCUAUGAGGACUACGGGCUGUACCUGCCCUCGACCUCGUCCGUCGUGACGACGCUGCAGUCAUCCAAGUCCACCAUCAUCUCUCCCUUCGCACCCAAGCAGGCGUCAUCCCCCUCCGUCGGCCCUGCAGGUGUGUGGCUUGAAGCGACCAAGUCGCUGGCGUUCUAUGAACUCAACCAUCGGAAGGAGGUCGUGGAGCUGCGCCUGAAGCCCAAGCUCGUGAAGAUCAAGUUCCUGGACAACACGUUCCAGCAGAUCGCGUUCGACCAGUACAUGCUGGUGCAGGAGAUGGUGGAGGAGAUCGGCACCAAGCUGGGGCUGGACCAGGCCAAGGCCCUCGACUACGGCCUGCUCCUCGAGUUCCCCAGCGACGAAGAGGAGGCGCAGAACAACGGCGGCGACAUCGAAUCAUACCUCAAGUCCUCCAUGUCGUCGCCGGUCCACCUGCCCUCGUCCACCUCGGCGCCCGUCAACCCGGCCUCCGGCGUCGGCGCCGGCCUGGCGUCGUCGGCGUCGGGCUCCGCCGGCUCGUCGUCGUCGCUGCCGCUCACGUCGUCGGUGUCGCACAACGUGGCAGCCACCACAUCGGCCGUCGGUGGAGAGCCGGCGGGCUCCUCCAUCAGUGGCCGGGCCAAGCCCCCGCGACCCCCGCGACCAGCCGACAUCAAACCCGCACCUCGUCCGGCCGGUCUUGUGCUGCCGUCGAUCUUUUCGUCGGUGCCCAAGCCGCCGCCGGCGCCGCGACCACCGAACGACAUGGGUCCCAUCGUGGACGGCGUGUGGAUGUCCCCCGAGGCCGAGCUCCACAGCUACGACAUCAAGCACCUGGGUGUUCGGUUCCUGCUGCGACCACAGAAGGUCACCGUGGCCACACCGGAGGGAGAGAAGCACGUCGAGGUGGACCCCACGCUGCCUGUGGAACAGAUCACGCGGACCAUUUGCGAGGCGCUGGGCAUCAAGCCCGACCAGUUGGCCGCCGGCGGUGACACGCAGCGUGGCUUCUCGCUCACCGUUCAGUCCGAAGACGAAGAAACCGCGCUGAACCCGAAGAGGGCGCUGCGGACCCAGAGCAAGAACUGGCGCAAGUCGGUGUUCGUAAUCAAGACCGUCAACAAGGGCGACGGCAUCGUCAAGGACGACAUCAACGACGACGAUGACGACAAGGACGGGGAGGAGCCGUGCUCCGUCGUCUACUCCGAGAGCAGCCCGGGCGAAAUCGAAGCCGCGUCUUUCCCGCGGCUCGUCGAGCACCUCACCUCCCCUUCGUCCUACGACAAGUCGUUCAUCGAUGCGUUCUUCAUGACCUACCGCACCUUCGCGCCACCAGAGCAGCUCCUCCAGCAGCUGAUCGCGCGCUACACCACCCCGACCGCCCUCAUGCACGCCAAGGACCACAACCUCGUCAAGAUGAGGGUGUUUGACAUCCUGCGCAUCUGGCUGGAGACCAAGUUCACCGACUUUGCCGACGCCGCGCUCAAGCAGGAGCUGAACGAGUUCGUGGGCACGACGAUGAAGAACGACGCGAGCUUCGACGCGCGCGAGGCCUGCGUCACGCGGCUCACGCAGUGCAUCCAGCGCGGCGAGGGCUCCAAGCGCAUGACCCUCAUCCCGCUGACCAAGGGCAAGGCCGCCGGUAAGGCCAAGGUGCCCAAGGCCCUGUGCGAGAACCCGUCGCUGUUCGACAUGGACGAGGAGGAGGUGGCGCGCCAGCUGUGUCUCAUGGUGUGGAAGAGCUUCGCCAAGAUCGAGGCCGACGAGUUCUUCGAGCAGGCGUGGAGCAAGGAGAAGACGCAGCACCGGUGCCCGAACGUGAUGGCCAUGAUCGCCAACUUCAACGAGAUCUCGGCCGCGGUGGCGACGAUGAUCCUGAGCCAGGAGCGCGUGCGCGACCGACGCAACCUCAUGUGGCGCCUCGUCAACAUCGCUCAGGCGCUGCUGAAAUACAACAACUUCCACACGCUGAUGGCGUUCCUGUCGGCCUUCAACAACUCGGCCGUCCUGCGACUCAAGUGGACGCGCGAACGUCUGCCGGCGCCCACCAAGAAGUUUUUGGUCGACGCCGAGGCGCUGAUGUCGAUGGAGGGCUCGUUCAAGGAGUAUCGGCGCGUCCUGUCCACCGCUCUGCCACCAUGCAUCCCCUACAUAGGCGUGGUGUUGGCCGAUCUGACGUUCAUCGAGGACGGCAACCCCAACGAGACCGGACCCAGCGGGAAGCUCAUCAACUUCUACAAGCGUCGGCUCAUGUACAAAAACAUCUCCGCUCUGCUCCACCUCCAGUCGAUGCCCUACAGCUUCAAUCGGGUGCCGGAGGCGGCCAAGCUGUUCAGGGAGGGCGACAAGCUCAACGACUCGCAGCUCUACUCGCUCUCACUCGAGCGCGAACCGCGCAAUGCCAAGAAGUCGUCCAUCCUCUGA